UCUGAGACAGAUAACUUGAUGAACAAGCUUACUCCGAUUACAAACACGUGUCGCCGAAAAUAGGAAGGAUUAAAUCGCGUGAUCUUUAUUAUCCUACCCUUCUCCCCAAACAAAAAUUACGGCCAAUCCCUCUCUGCUCAGCGAACCCGUCGUCGAGAGGCCUCGAGGCUUGCCCCCUCGAGCUAGUGCCAUCGUCCACCAUGCUGGCACCCGUAUUGGCUACUGCGCUCACCGUUCUUCUCUUCAUCUACCUUUUCAUGCCCUCAUUAUGGCUUGCUAUCAUGGCCGUUGACGAAUCCUUCGACGUUCACGAUUCGAGUUUGGCUGCGGUGGCUGCUCGCAAUCCUUUCCGGGAGAGCGGACCGCCAGCCAACAUGGCCAAGUUGAUCUUACUGCGCCAUAAGAUCCAGACCAGCAAUCGUAAACGACGCAGUGUCUCACAGACGCGUCAAACAUCACGAUCCUACUCCAUCCCUACCAGACCAAAACCUUCUUGGAUUCGCUUUAGGAGACCUUUUGGUGGAAAGCAACAUUUUUAAUUUCACUUUGCGAUUGUGUUGGACCGCGGUGUGAUUCUGUCCCUCCUCCGCUCUAUUUUACCCCCCUUCACGACCAUUUUUACCCUAUGUACAACAACAUACCUUGCUUACCUUCAUUGCCCAUCCCUUUCUUUGU